AUGCUCUUCAGCUCUGUGUCGACCUGCAGCCUGCAAGAUCUGAGCAUGGAGGACGUGGGCCAGACCUUGCGGGAACGGAAGAUUCAGGUCUCUGUGGUUUCUCUCAGCCCGGAGAUUUACGUGCUCAAACGCCUCUGCGUUGACACCUUCGGCCGCUUUGAAGUUGCCUUGAACUCCAAGCAUUUCGAGGAGCUCCUCAGUUCCCACCUGGCUGCGCCGGUCUCCGUCGCCAGACAGCUGGCGCCCAAACUCGUUCGUAUGGGUUUUCCGAAGCUGCUGCAGCCAGAGGCAAAGAGGCAGCUGGAGACCUGCACCUGUCACUUCGAAGUGCACGGAACCCUGUAUGUCUGCCCCCGCUGCUCCGCGCGGAGCUGUGGGCUGCCGAGUCGCUGCAAAGUUUGCGACCUUCCCCUGGUGUCGGCCAGCGUGCUCGCCAGGGCCUUCAGGAGUGUGGUACCGCUACCCGCCUUUCCGCAAGGUGCGCCGACGCCUUCCUGCGGAGGGUGCCUGCUACCUAUCCACGACUCAGGGCGCCAGUGCACCAGCUGCCAGACAGUCUUCUGCCAGGCAUGUGAUGACUUUCUGCAUACCACGCUUCGACAGUGCCCUGGCUGCCUCGUUCAUGGCCGUGCGCGGAAACGCAGCCUCGACGCGAGCGAUGAAAGGAUUCGAGUGCAGGGCUGA